AAAAACUCACAUCGUUCCCUACACCCUACUCCCUCCGUCAGCCAGCGAAGUUCCUUCAGUCACUCAACACCUUACGUCCCUAGCCAUCCUCCGCCGCCUCCGUCUCUGCUUCCCUAGAGCCGUCGCGAUGGCAGCAGCCCCUGCCGGUGCCCCUGCAAUCACCGCAUCCUCCUCCUUUGUUUCUUCGUCUCCGUUCUGUCUCAAGGCAUCGAUGACCAGCCAGCGCCGACCCGCGGGGAGAGUCUCCAUCGUCAUCCGCUGCGUCAGUAGCCCGCCGGCCGUCGACACAUCUUUCAAGACUAAUGUCCCGCGCAAUGCUAAUAUGGCCAAACUCCAAGCAGGAUAUUUGUUUCCUGAGAUUGCCAGGAGAAGAGCCGCUCAUUUGCUGAAGUUUCCAGAUGCCAAAAUUAUAAGCCUUGGAAUAGGCGACACUACCGAGCCCAUUCCAAAUGUCAUAACAAAUGCCAUGGCAGAGAGAGCACAUGCCUUGUCAACAAUUGAUGGCUACAGCGGUUAUGGAGCUGAGCAAGGUGAAAAGAAACUCAGAGCAGCAAUUGCUGCAACCUACUAUGCGGACCUUGGUAUUGAAGAUUCAGACAUAUUUGUCUCUGAUGGUGCCAAAUGUGACAUAUCUCGCUUGCAGGUCCUUUUUGGAUCUAAUGUGACAAUUGCGGUCCAAGAUCCAUCAUACCCUGCAUAUGUUGAUUCAAGUGUUAUCAUGGGGCAAACUGAUUUAUAUCAGCAAGACGUUCAGAAGUAUGGAAACAUUGAGUACAUGAGAUGCGGUCCAGAAAAUGGAUUUUUUCCUGAUCUGUCAACUGUCCCUAGGACAGAUAUUAUUUUCUUUUGUUCACCCAACAAUCCUACUGGUGCUGCUGCAUCUCGGGACCAACUAACCAAAUUAGUAAAAUUUGCAAAGGACAACGGGUCCAUCAUAGUCUAUGAUUCUGCUUAUGCAAUGUACAUAUCAGAUGACAGCCCAAAGUCUAUCUUUGAAAUUCCUGGAGCAAAGGAGGUUGCUAUUGAGACAGCCUCAUUCUCGAAAUACGCUGGGUUCACAGGUGUCCGUCUAGGUUGGACUGUUGUCCCCAAGGAGCUCCUUUUCUCGGAUGGACAUCCAGUUGCUAAAGAUUUCAAUCGCAUAGUUUGCACUUGCUUCAAUGGUGCAUCAAACAUUGCGCAAGCUGGUGGUUUAGCCUGCCUCUCUCCAGACGGUCUAAAGGCUAUGCAAGAUGUUGUUGGCUUCUACAAGGAGAACACUGAAAUAAUCGUUGAGACAUUUACAUCACUCGGAUUCAACGUGUAUGGCGCCAAGAACGCUCCAUACGUAUGGGUGCACUUCCCUGGCCGCAAUUCGUGGGAUGUGUUCGCUGAGAUCCUGGAGAAGGCCAAUGUGGUCACUACUCCUGGCACUGGAUUUGGACCGGGUGGCGAAGGCUUUGUGAGGGUCAGCGCGUUCGGGCACAGAGAGAACAUCAUUGAAGCCGCAAGGAGGUUAAAGCAGCUGUAUAAGUGAGCACCGAUGCAGCUUCUGUGCCCUCCUAGACAGAUGUAUCAAUAAGAACACAUCAGGGCACCAAAAAUCGCUUGGUGAAGCUGCCAGAAGAUGUUAGAUUUUGAACUUUUUUUUUUAAUUCUCGUGCGGUGUCUACAUUCAAACCAUUUCGAACUCUAGACAAUGCUUGUUGUAAUCCUGAGACCCUUCAUUCACUGGUGAAGUUGUGAUUGUCUUGUCUGUGUUCA